UGGGGGUGGAGAGUUAACCUGGGAGGGGUUGGCAGCAGCUGGUGAGAUGCCAAGCCCAGAUUAGCCACUUUCAGACGUCACUUUCCAUUAUGGGAAAGACUCCUGAACAGCCCUGCAGCUUCUGCUCCCUGGGAUUAGCUGCCAGGGCUGCUCAGCUCCAGCCGAGGGCAGGGGUCCAACGGCUUGGCAGUGCCCAGGACGAUGAGCAGGGCCGGGAGCUGCUCCAGGGGGCAUCGCCUUGGCAGCUGAGGACAGCCAUGUGGGAGCGAGUCAGGAGAGCUGUGCUGAGCUCUCUGUCCACCACCUCCCUGCGCCUCUGGAAGUGGCUGAGAGCCUUCUGGUUCAAGAAUGGCCUCCUGACGCUCUCCAUGCUGUCGGUGGCCACCGGCUGUAUCCUGGGGUUCCUGCUGCGGGCGCUGGAGCUGACGGAGCUGGAGAAGCAGUACUUUUCCUUUCCUGGAGAGCUCCUCAUGAGGAUGUUGAAGAUGCUGAUCCUGCCCUUGAUCACCUCCAGCCUCAUGUCUGGGCUGGCCACCAUGGACUCCAAGGCCUGUGGGAAGAUGGGGGUGAUCACCAUCACCUACUACCUGUGGACAACCUUCAUGGCAGUGACCAUUGGCAUCAUCCUGGUGGUCAGCAUCCACCCCGGCGCAGCUGCCCAGAAGGAUGACUACUCUGUGGGGAAAGUGGUGCUGAGCUCUGCUGAUGCACUACUGGAUUUAAUCAGGAACAUGUUCCCUUCUAACCUGAUUGAGGCCUCAUUCCAGCAGUACCGAACGGUGCUGGUCCCAGUGGUGAAGGCUCCUGGCUUCCCCAAGAGCCCAGGGAAGUCUCUCAGCUUUGUUUACUUCGCCCCUGACGAUGAACACCCUGAGAUCCAGCGCCCUGUGUUCCUCGAGCUGACGCCGGCCCCGCAGAUGACCUACAGGACCCUGCCGGGGACCAGCAACGAGAUGAACGUCCUGGGCAUCGUCAUCUUCUCAGCAACCAUAGGACUGCUGCUGGGGAAAAUGGGCGAGCGAGGAACCCCUCUGGUCAAUGUCUGCCAGUGCCUGAACGAGGCAGUCAUGAAAAUUGUCUCCAUGGCAGUUUGGUACUUCCCAUUUGGCAUUGUGUUUCUCAUUGCUGGCAAGAUCCUGGAGAUGGAAGACCCGUCAGUGAUCGGGCAGAAGCUGGGCCUCUACGCCAUCACAGUGGUGUCAGGGCUGGCCAUCCAUGGGCUCUUUAUCUUGCCUCUCCUGUUUCUGCUCAUCACCAAGAAAAAUCCCUUUGCUUUCAUUCAGGGGAUACUGCAAGCCCUGCUGAUCGCCUUAGCCACAUCUUCCAGCUCAGCAACCCUGCCCAUCACUCUGAAGUGUCUCCUGGAAAACAACGGCAUCGACAGACGGGUGGCACGCUUUGUGCUGCCUGUCGGUGCCACCAUCAACAUGGAUGGCACUGCGCUGUACGAGGCAGUGGCUGCCAUCUUCAUUGCCCAGGUCAAUGAAUAUGACUUGGAUUUGGGACAAAUCAUAACCAUAAGCAUAACAGCAACGGCAGCAAGCAUCGGGGCGGCUGGGAUCCCCCAGUCCGGGCUGGUCACCAUGGUCAUCGUCCUGACCUCUGUGGGGCUGCCGACCGACGACAUCACCCUCAUCAUUGCCGUCGACUGGGCCCUGGAUCGAUUCCGGACUAUGACCAAUGUCCUUGGCGAUGCUCUGGCUGCUGGCAUCGUAGCCCACAUCUGCGAGAAGGACUUUGCCCCAAAGCCCCCCAAGCAAGAUCCAGUAAGCCACAGAGACAACUGUCCUGCAGAGAGCUCCCAACUGCACCCCAGAGACAAUGUGAUCGAGAUGAUCGAGGAGACUCUGCUUGAGCGGACUGGGGUUCAUUACAACAUCUGCCAGGUGUAGAUCAGCCCCUUCCUGCCACAGGAGAGGGAUCUUGGUGCUAACCACUGACAGACUGAAUGUCAGCUAUGGAUGCUCUGCAAGAUGAAGGCCUUACCUGGCACAGAAGGUGGGAAAAUCCUCUGUGUCCUUCGAGGACCGAAGGACCUUCAAACAAGCACCCAAACAGCACAGCUCUGCUGCCAAGAAGCAGCUCCUCCUUGCAGCUGGCUGCAGCUGGGAGCUUGCUGCCCCAAUGCUCUGAGGCAGCAGGGACUGGAAGGUUUUAUGCCUCACCUGUUUUCAAAGCCCCACUGUUUUUGAAGGUUAGGUGGUGAGCAGGUACGAGUCAGACAGAACUGGACUGGGAGAGAAGGCAGCAGACGGGACCAAAAUCUGACACUGUAGCCCUGCAGCCCUUACCUGCUGGCCACUACCCUCUAGGAAGGUUUCAUUUAACACAGAG